AUGAAGACACUCCUGACUGGGCUUCUGCUUGGCCUGGCAUACGUAGAGUUAGCCCAGUCCUUAAGAUGUUACACGUGCAAGGAACCAACAGACAUCUCUAAGUGCAAAACACCCACCUUGUGCCCCCCAAAAUCCAUGGUGUGCACAACAACGCUGCACUCCGUAGACUCAGGUUACCCCUUUUUUGGGAACAUCACCGUGACCAGAAGCUGUGAGGAGGAAUGUCUCCCCUCUGGUGGGAUAGGGGCGUCCAAACCCAAGUCGUGCUGCUACACUGACCUCUGCACCGAUGACACCAAGAGCAGCAAUGGAGUGGGAAGCAACUCUGCAGCACUGGGUCUGAUGGCCAUGGUUGUUGGCACGCUCCUCCAGUGCACUCUGUAG